AUGGGCCUCCCAUUGCCUCAAAACAGAAUCUACAUCACCGCCAUUGACAAAUGGACGAAUCCCCAAGAACUCACUGGGAUUUUAGUUGCAGAUGAUCGUCGAGACGAUGUGGUUGGUGGAAGGGGAUACUGGAAACCAGCGAGUGAAAUUGCGGAGGAAAUUGUUUUUAAUGACGACAAGAUUGGUGAAAAAAGGGAACUAAUCUACUUUGAAGCUGAUGGAUCGGAAACCCAGUGGGUCAUGGAUGAGUAUAGGAUGUUCUUGGCUGAUGAACCUCCUUCUUCCGCUAAACCGGACAAUGUCGAGGAAUGGUUGGUGUAUAAGCUGAGAAACAAAAAGGACGUUGACGUCUAUGAUAGUACUGAUCUGGAUGAAUCUGAUGAUGUUGUUAGCCAGAUAGCAAGAGAGGCAGCCGCCGCCGCAGCUCUCUGCAUUCUUUAUGAGCUACUUGACAACGAGGAAGAGGAUGCGCCGCCGGCGUCCUCGACGAGCACAUCGGAAGAUCUGCCAGACCCCAAGCGAAGAAAGGGAAACACGUCUGGUGUUAUCGUUGCAGAUAAUUCUGAUA